AUGAAAGAUGUGAAGCCCACUGAGCUCAUCUCCAUCUGUUUCAUGCUGCUUCACGGUUUUGUAGCAACAUUGACUUGCACAAGCCCAACUCCUGAAUCUUUGUUUGCUGCAUUUGAGAAGAAUUUAUUCCCUAAAAAACUACUGCGACCUGUGAAAAGCUUUUCAAUUCCAACUAACAUAACCAUUGGUAUCACUGUGGUGGGAAUUAUAGGAGUGGAUGAAAAAUCCCAGACGCUGACAACUCUCUUAUGGCGAGUUUUAGAGUGGGACAUUGAGGACCUGAGCUGGGAUGAGGAGGAAUGUGGCACUAAACUGGUCUCUGUCCCUCGUGAAAAGCUUUGGGUCCCAGACAUCCAUAUCUCAGAGUUCAUGGAAGAGGACAAUUCUCCCAAAACUCCCUAUGUCUACUUACACAACACAGGUCAUGUAUAUGAUGAUAAGCCCGUCCGAGUGGUCAGCUCCUGCCGAUUAGUAAUCUACACUUUCCCCUUCGAUAUCCAAAACUGCUCUCUGACCUUUGGAUCAUAUCUACACUUUGGUACAGACAUAAGGCUGAUUCAAGGCUCCACAUCUGAAGAGAUACUGAAGGAGUCCCAAGAUGUGUUGAAGACUGACGGGGAGUGGGAGCUCGUCGUUAUCAGUGUAGCUCCUUUUACCCUGGCAUUAGAUGAGGGAAGCUACUAUCAGAUCGUAUACUACAUCAUUCUGAGACGGAGGCCACUCCUCUACGUGGUGAACCUCCUGAUUCCCAGCUGCUUCCUCAUCACAGUGGACAUCUUCAGCUUCCUGCUGCCUCCUGAUAGUGUGGACCGAUCCUCCUUUAAGAUGACCCUCAUCCUGGGCUACUCCGUCUUCCUGCUCAUCAUGAACGACCUGCUGCCUGUCCCUGGAGAGACAACACCUCUCAUCAACAUUUUCUUCGCCACCAGUCUCGCUCUCAUGGUGGCCAGCCUGUUGGAGACCGUGUGUAUCACGAACAUCCAGUACAGCCCCAGACAGUACAAUGCGGUGCCUCACUGGAUCGAUGUCCUCGUGCUACGAUAUCUAGCUGUUGUAGUUUGUCUCCCUCGAAAGAAAAACAGCAACCGAACCACUUUUUUCUCCAACCCAUAUACUACAGCACAGAAUUCCAGCAUCACCAACAUCUCAGCAUUUCAUCUUCAGCGUGUCUCUGGUGAUACACCUCCAGCGAAACCCCAACCGACCCCUCUGAACCCGGCCUUGGAGGAACUGAGGAAACUGAGCAGAGAUCUCUUGGCCAUCCGCCUUCAGAUGGACAAACACUUCACAGGGAGCAACACCGUGCCGCAAUGGCAAAUGGUCGGGGCGGUCAUCGACCGUCUGCUGUUUGGCUUUUACGUUGUCUUCAUGGUUGUCAGUUUCAUCACCAUCAUAUGCAUCUGGAUCCUGAACUCGUACGCAGUAUGA